AUGGUCAAACCUUUGUUUCAGGAGCAUGACUUUGGCAGCUCUACUGUAGAGGAUGGAUUGGAGAGGAGAAAGAUGACUCAGGGAAACCCAUUAGGAGACUAUGCAAUAGUCUGGGUGAGAGCUGAUGAAGACCUGAAUCAGGUUGAUGGCUGUGUGAGCAGAGAGACAAAUGUCAAAAGAGCCAGGGAUUAUUUGCACAAGACUGGAAGGUUUAUUGUGAUCGGUGGAAUUGUUUCUCCUGUCCAUGACUCCUAUGGAAAACAGGGUCUGGUAUCCAGCCGACAUCGUUUGAUCAUGUGCCAACUGGCUGUCCAGUCUUCUGAUUGGAUCAGGGUGGACCCCUGGGAGUGCUAUCAGGAUACAUGGCAGACCACCUGCAGUGUUCUAGAACACCACCGGGACCUAAUGAAGCGAGUGACUGGCUGCAUCCUUUCCAAUGUCAACACACCUUCCAUGACGCCGGUGAUUGGACAACCACAACAUGAGACACCCCAGCCCAUUUAUCAGAACAACAAUGUGCCCACUAAGCCCACUGCAGCAAAGAUCUUGGGGAAAGUGGGAGAAAGCCUGAGCCGAAUUUGUUGUGUCCGUCCACCCGUGGAGCGUUUCACUUUUGUUGAUGAGAAUGCCAACCUUGGCACAGUGAUGCGGUAUGAAGAGAUUGAACUUCGUAUCUUGCUGCUUUGUGGCAGUGACCUGCUGGAAUCCUUCUGCAUCCCUGGGCUCUGGAAUGAGGCUGAUAUGGAGGUGAUUGUUGGUGACUUUGGAAUUGUGGUGGUACCUCGGGAUGCUGCAGACACAGACCAAAUUAUGAACCAUUCCUCAAUACUCCGCAAGUACAAGAACAACAUCCUAGUGGUGAAGGAUGACAUCAACCAUCCCAUGUCCAUUGUCAGUUCCACCAAGAGCAGACUGGCCCUGCAGCAUGGGGAUGGACACGUGGUGGACUACCUAACCCAGCCCGUUAUUGACUACAUCCUCAAGAGCCAGCUGUACAUCAAUGCCUCUGGAUAG